UCAAUCAUGAAGAUAUACGUAUCCUUAAUAUUCAUAGUUUUGAGCACCAAUAACAUUUUUAUCUCAUUGGUCAAUUCUUUGGAAUGUCAGUAUUGCAGCAGCACACAAUAUUCUUCUGAUUGUCGCAAAGGCACCGUGACUGAUCUCAAGACAUGUACCAUCCAGGGAGAAGAUCACUGCUAUGUAGAGUAUAUAAUAAACACGGGCAGUGAGCCUUUAUAUCGUAGAGGGUGUGCUCCUGGCAACUGGUGUCAACAACAGGUAGGAAAUCAUGGUACCGCACUGAAAUUCUGCAAUACAUGCCAAGGAUCACAAUGCAACAAUGAAGCUAUUGGGUCCAAAGACUCUUCUUCGGUCUUAUGCAGAAAAUGCGAGGGUGAACAUCCCGACAGUGACUGCAGAAAAGGCACCCUCAACACAAGUGAGGAAUGUCCAAUAGGUUCCUUGUGUAUCGAAUAUUAUGUUGCGACUACUAGAAGGAAUUUAUGGAAAAGAGAUUGUGGUGACAGUAAUUCAUGUUCCAAACUUCAGAAACAAUAUUUAAAAUCAUUGGAAGAAUGCAAAAGCUGUAUUUAUGAAUUGUGUAACAAUGAUGAAAUGAAGGUUGUUUCGCGUUGAUUACUGUAACUUUAUUUCCCCUAUUUAGGGGUUGUGAUGAAAUACAACUAAGCAGAAUAUUUCAGAA